CCGGGCACGUGUCCUCGGGCCGCCCCCCUCCGCCACGUGACCCGCCCAGGGCAGGGUCGGGGCUGGGCUGGGGGCCGCGAGUCCAGGCAGCUGAGACCUACUGACCGGCCGCGGGCUGGGCUGACAGGCGGUGGGGCGGCUCGGCCCCGGGAGGAGUCGGCGGCGGGCGGGGACGCGGCGCGGGGAGGACGCGGCGGCGGCGCUGGGAACAAACGCCCGGGCGCCCCGAGGCGCCGGGAUGUGGAGCGGCCCACCGCAGCCAGACCAGGGCCUCCCGCCACCCCUUGCAGCUGUCCCGGUCCCCUGGAAGAGCACGGACCCCUGCCAAGGCCACAGGGAGUCCCCAGGAGCCCUGGUGGAGACCUCUGCAGGGGAGGAGGCCCAAGGCCAGGAGGGCCCUGCAACCACCCAGCUGGACGUGUUGCGCCUGCGCAGCUCUUCCAUGGAGAUCCGAGAGAAGGGCUCCGAGUUCCUGAAGGAGGAGCUGCACAGAGCGCAGAAGGAGCUGAAGCUAAAGGACGAGGAAUGUGAGCGGCUCUCCAAGGUGCGGGAGCAGCUAGAACAGGAGCUAGAGGAGCUGACGGCCAGCCUGUUCGAGGAAGCUCACAAGAUGGUUCGAGAAGCCAACAUGAAGCAGGCGGCAUCAGAAAAGCAGCUGAAGGAGGCUCGGGGCAAGAUCGACAUGCUGCAGGCAGAGGUGACAGCCUUGAAGACGCUGGUCAUCACGUCCACACCAGCCUCUCCCAACCGCGAGCUUCACCCCCAGCUGCUGAGCCCCACCAAGGCUGGGCCCCGAAAGGGCCACUCUCGCCACAAGAGCACCAGCAGCGCCCUCUGCCCCGCCGUGUGCCCCGCCGUGGGACACACCCUCACCCCAGACAGAGAGGGCAAGGAGGUGGACACAAUCCUGUUUGCAGAGUUCCAGGCCUGGAGGGAAGCCCCAACCCUGGACAAGACCUGCCCCUUCCUGGAAAGGGUGCACCGGGAGGACGUGGGCCCCUGCCUGGACUUCACCAUGCAGGAGCUCUCAACGCUGGUACGGGCCGCCGUGGAGGACAACACGCUCACCAUUGAGCCAGUGGCUUCACAGACGCUACCUGCAGUGAAGGUGGCCGAGGUUGAGUGCAGCAGCACCAACACAUGUGCCCUGAGCGGACUGACCCGCACCUGCCGCCACCGAAUCCGGCUCGGAGACUCCGAAAGCCACUACUACAUCUCGCCAUCUUCCCGGGCCAGGAUCACCGCAGUGUGCAACUUCUUCACCUACAUCCGCUACAUCCAGCAAGGCCUGGUGCGGCAGGACGCAGAGCCCAUGUUCUGGGAGAUCAUGAGGCUGCGGAAGGAGAUGUCACUGGCCAAGCUCGGCUUCUUCCCCCAGGAGGCUUAGGGUACAGCCCAGGCCUGAAGGGGAGCUCUGAGACAGAGCAAACACCCACCCCAGAACAAGCCGACACACAGGGAGACAGGCCUGGAGCCAGCCCUGAGCCAGAGGCAGAACGGAUGGACAGACAGGCCAUGGAGGCAGCACUGAGCCAGCACCACAUGUCCAUCCUGGGACAGACAGAGGGACAGACGGGCCUGGACUUCACAGCAAGACCCCUCUCUCUUCCCCACUGGGUUCUGCCACCACCAGGAGGAUUUCAAGAAAGCACCAAAGACCACGGAGCUCGGAUCCAUACUCAGGGGGCCUCAGCCCUUGGGAGGGGACACCUGAGGCAGCCAGCGCCCCCUCCCCAGUCCCCAGAACCGCCUGCAGGUGCCUUGUUGCCGGCAUGUCUUCAGAAAGGGACUGUUUGGGGUGGCUGGAUCUCCAGGGUACCCUCCGCCCCAGCUGCCAAGCCCUGGGCCAGCGGCGCCCCCUUGUGGCCAUCCCAUGCCUUGUUUCCGGUGGCCUCCCUAUUGGACUGCUGGGAGGGGCUGGCAGGGCCUCCGGAGCACAGAACUGCCCCAAAGCCUUGUUAAGAUGAGUCAGGCCCCCCCUCCCUCCGUCCCUUCCUUUCCCCCUUCCUCCCUCCCCCUUCAUAAAGGCCUCCCUUGUCACCUUCCCUCCCACCCCAUCUCAGCCCUGUGCUCCUGGAGGCCCUGCUCCCAAAACCGCUGGAAGGAUUGGGGCAGUUUCUCCCACAGUAGAACACAGACAGGGCUUCAGAUCGCCCACGCCUGUUUUCAGCUGUGGGUGGCCAUGCAGACACGCGCCCUGGCAUGUGGGGCCUGGGUGGGCAGGCAGGACCUGGGCCCUCCCACCCAUCAGAGCCCACUCGGGACCAGGGUUCAGGGCGCCCACCUGGACACAUCCCUCACCACGUCCGGAUUUCCUUCUUUGGAUGGAAUGUAACGCGAUCUCUAUUUAAUAAAGGAAGGCUUUGUUGGUA